CUUUCUACAUUAUGUCCACCACACAACAAGUGGCCGUACGAGCCGCCUGAAUGUGGUGGACAUUUGUUGCAUGCACUGAUGCUAUCCAAAAUCUCAAAGUUCCUCAGUGCUAACCUUCUUCAUCAAUUACCUUCCAGGCAGGGGGCAGCAGAAGUUCGAAAGCAGAUCCAUUCUCCAGCCAUCACCAACGAAAUACCUAAAAGUACCAGUGGAAUAAACCUAGCUGUUCUGCCACCUGGAGAAUUAAUAACGCCUGUUGAAUUUGAAGAUUUUGUGCUACAGCAUCAAGAUACUAUUGACCGAGAUCCCUUCCGAGAUCUCUUACAAUUUCCUGAAGAUGACAUUGAAAUACAGCAAGUUCCCAGGAUAUGUCGAACCCUUACACCAGUUGUACCAGAAGAGCCUGGAGCAGACACUGAUCCACAUGUUGUGGAUUGUGUUCGACUUUACACAUCGGAUUAUACCACAGUUGUACGCAAACAAGAGAAGUACAGUUUCAGUGUCUGUAACAAAGAACGGCUUCCUGACAAUGAAAACAUUAUUCAACAGGAAUAUGAGAUUGAUGUGGAAGAUAGCCUGGUGGAACAGGACAAGGACAGCACGCCAAAGCGUCAGUCAAUGCAGAUGAAUGAAACUCCUCGUGGUAGUUGGGCCAGCAGUAUAUUUGAUCUGAAGCAGUCCCAGGCUGAUCGUCUGGUAGAACCAAUUCUGGAACGGAUCCCUGCCGAAGAGGUUGACCGCAACAACGAGUCUCAGCGAAAACAAUGCAGACAAAACUCCCUUUUUAGUUUGUACCCAUCACAAGAUGAGGAUGAACUCACUGCUAGAAGAAUGAUCCCAGAAAUACCCCGAGAACAUUUUGGGCACAGAAUCCUAAUCAAAGUUUUCCAAAUGAAACUUGAACUUGAUAUUGAGCCUAUUUUUGUAUCUCUGGCACUUUAUGAUGCUAAAGAAAAGAAAAAGAUAUCUGAAAACUUCUACUUCGAUAUGAACACAGAGUCCAAUAACCGAAUGAUAAACAUGCAUGUACCCCACAAAGACCGGUCAACACGAAGCCAGAGUGCUAUAUUCAGUCUUACAUACCCUUCCCCUGAUGUUUUCCUUGUGGUUCGGCUUGAAAAAGUAUUACAGCAAGGCGAAAUCAAUGAAUGUGUUGAACCCUACAUGAAAGAAGAUAAAAUUCGAGAAGAGAAACACAAAAGCAACGCUGUACAAUUCUGCGAAAGACUUGGUAAAUAUAGAAUGCCUUUCGCCUGGACCGCCAUCUAUCUCAUGAACGUCAUUAGUGGUGCUGGCAGUCUGGAGCGAGAUUCAUCAAUGUCAUCAGAAAAAUCUGAGCCAGAGAUGUCCCGAACUGCCAGCCUAGCUGGAGUAAGUCAAAUACUCUUCGACUAUUACAGAAGAAGUGCAGCACAUGCUCCACCAUAUGAAAAUUUCCGCAGACGUCCACGUGAUGACUCCCAGGUACGCCGGGGCUCUCUUGACAGAGGGCGCACUGGCUAUGAAAAGAGGCGCAGCUGGUCACCAGAUGAUUAUGGUUCCAGUCUAGACACAUUCUCCCCUGUUACUCUAACAGUGACAAGCUUCUUUAGACAAGAAGGAGAUAAAUUGAGUGAUGACGAUUUGUAUAAAUUUUUGGUGGACAUGAAACGGCCUUCCUCAGUGUUGAAAAGACUCAAGAGCAUCUCAGGUACACUUAAAUUUGACGCUUUACCAUGUCCCGAAGAAGUUCCCUAUUCCCGAACCCCUGAACUGUAUAAAAUUUACCCUUUCCCCGAAGACAAAUUAAAAGAGAUUUGGGAAACAAAAGAGGUCCAAGAGUUUCCUUCUAAGGAGGUUUAUGUACCAUACACAUCUUACAGGAAUUUACUUUAUGUGUACCCAAAGCACUUCAAUGGUGUCAACCGCCAAGGUUCAGCCAGAAAUAUUGCUAUCAAAGUACAAUACAUGAUUGGGGAAGAAGAAAGCCAUGCUUUGAAUGUAAUAUUUGGUAAAUCCAGUUGUCCUGAAUUAUCCAAGGAAGCUUAUACAUCUGUGACAUACCAUAACAAAUCUCCACAGUUUUAUGAAGAAAUCAAAAUCAAGCUGCCAGCAAAGGUGUCAAAAUCUCAUCAUCUUCUCUUCUCAUUUUACCAUGUGAGUUGCCAGAACAAAAAGAAUGAGCCUACCCCGGUGGAAAUUCCUAUAGGAUACACUUGGCUGCCCCUGCUUAAUGAUAGUCAACUAUCUGUUGGAGAUUUUCAGCUUCCAGUUUCAAUGGAAAAACUUCCUCCUCGAUAUUCCAUGCAUUCAGAUUCACAGAAUAUAAAGUGGAUGGAUAAUCGUAAACCAUUAUUUACAGUCAAUCUUUACUGUGCAUCUUCAAUACACACGCAGGAUGAAAAUUUGAAUCAUUUCUUACAUUUAUGUCAUAUGGCUCAAGAACAGAAACUGAUGCCUCGGACCAAUGAAACCGGUUUUGAAAAUGAGUUGCAGCGCUCUGUCAUGGAUCUUGCUAAAGCUAAUGGUGAAAGUCUGGUGAAAUUCUUGACUCUGAUUUUAGACAAACUUAUUUUACUGAUGGUUCGACCACCUGUUAUUUCAGACCAAACGAUAAGUGUUUGCCAGAACUGUUUUGAAACUAUAUCAGUCAUUGUUGGGCGAAUACACAAUCUUCUAGAAGACCAAAACGACCAUCACGGGGUCAACUCCGUGUUGGCUUCAUACAUUCACUACAGCUGUACAUUACCACAUCCUGAUAUCAAUGCAGUCUCUUGCCUGGGUAGCCCUACUGGCCAAUAUCCUACCUUGGGUCGUCCAUCAUCGCUGCCAGUUAACAAACCAGGUUAUCAACGUAGCAGCAGUGAUCCCGACCUAUCAGGCAGCACACCAACAACACCAGAUGCAGAAGUUAUUCAUAUAAUGAACUUUACCAAAGGUGGUCCUCUUGAUCGAACUGGCAGUAUGAGAGGAUCUGAGUAUGGAAUUUCAACAUUCCCUAAGAUCAGAGGUAAAAAACUUGUCCAUGAAGAACUGGCAGUGCAGUGGGUAAUGGCAAGUGGUUCCAUCAAAGAAGCAACUCUUGCCAAUGCUUGGUUCUUUUUAAAUCUUAUUGUAAAAGGAAUGGCAGAACAUCUUGACAAGACCGAUAAGCUCAAUAUACAUCGCAGUUUACGCUUCAGUGAUCACUUCAUAGAAGAUGUCUACCAACUGGUGCGCAACCUUAUCAGAGAAAUUGUUUUACGUUUCAUGAAGGACCAAUCUCUCAUUCGUUCACUCAAUUCAAGUUUAGCAUUCUUCCUGUUUGAUCUGCUUUCUCUGAUGGAUCGAGGAGUGGUCUUCACCUUGAUCAAUGAAUAUUGUCGAUCAAUUUCUAGCCAAAUCGCAUGUCAAGCUGAUGCAACUAUUCUAAUGAGGUUGCGUCUUGAUUUUUUGCACAUCCUCUGCAGCCAUGAGCAUUAUUUCCCAUUAAAUCUGCCAUUUGGAACUCCGCUUACACCAUCAGCUCCAUGCAGUCCAUCUCCUAGCGUCACUAGUACAAACUCACAGAUGUCUUAUGCCUCAACAAACACUUUGACUGAUAAAGGAAUUUUCUUUGACCUCACAACUGAGUUUCGACAGCAGCAUUUCCUUUCUGGGUUGGUCCUGUCUGAUUUAGCCUCAGCUCUAGAUACAAACUUCACAACAAUCCACUACAAGGCCAUCAAUGUCAUACGUAACCUCCUCUACAACCAUGACUUGGACAUUCGUUAUUCAAACCCAGAAAUCAAAGCUCGCCUGGCAGCCCUCUAUCUGCCCUUAAUUGGCAUUGUCAUUGAUGGACUGCCUCAACUGUAUGACCCGAACCUAACCAGCCGUUCUCGUAACUCCUACCAAGACGAAGAAGGUGACCGAAUCAACCAACAUGUUGCUAUGGCGAUUGCUGGUUCGAGUGUUUGUGAGAGAGUGUCGAAUAUGAAUUACAGUGUCCAUGAGACUGAAGUAAAAACCAGAAAAUGUAUGCUGAAUGCUGACGCCACUCACAACCUCCUGAUCUGUUUUGUGUGGGUACUUAAAAAUGCAGAUUAUGCCGUUUUGAAAAGCUGGUGGUCAGACCUACCACUUACACGCCUUAGUCGUAUUGUGGAGAUUAUUUAUUUUGUGGUUUCUAAUUUUGAAUACAAGGGAAGCUUCAUUCUCGAGCAGGCUACCACUCCUCUCAAGGCAAAAUGGGUUCUGAUGAACUGUGAUAUGUUGUCCCAGUUCUCUGGUUCCGAGGAAACUCUGGAAGACUGGCAGGAUAGCCCAACACCACGGGGCUCCACUUACAAAGGCAAUGGCAUGAUCAAAUCCCAAUCAUUUCAUGAGCAAAUCUGGGAAGGCAUUCAGAGAAAGUCUCAAGAUCUGUUUCGGGGUACGGGGACAUUCCUGGGGCGUGGUGUCGGCAAAGAAGAGUCAUAUGGGCAGAUAACCCUUGACAACAUCUUACCAUUCCGCCCGCCAAGACCAACAUCUGCGGCAUCUUUGAAUGUGCUCUUGGGUAAGAAAGCAAUGAGUCAGUAUUCCCAGCAGACAUUCCGACGAAGUGUUGACAUGAAGACGCGUCUUGAAGAAGCAAUUCUCGGCCAUUCAAAUGCCAGGACAGAAAUGAUGCUAAGGCGCCGCCAAACAAGCUUCAGUAACUCAGGUGACCGUACACCUCCACCAGGGGCUUCGGAAGGAAGUCGUCUUCGCUGGCGGAAGGACCAAUUCCAAUGGAAACAGCCCCAUGAGCACUAUGAAAGUCAAAAGUUCAGCCGUGAUGUGGAAGUCGAUGCCCAUGUAGAAGGCAACCUUGCUUCAGAAGUCAGCAUGGUAGCGCUUGAUACUUUGGAACUCAUCGUACAGAUUGCACAGUCAUCAAUGGAGAUGCCUACCCUGGGUUACGCGUUGCGGGUUUUGUUACACAGUCUUGGCUUAAAUCAAAGCACUGCGGUAUUGCAACACAUGUUAGCAACACAGAGAUCACUAGUCAGCAAGUUCCCUGAACUUCUGUUCCAAGAAGAAACAGAACAAUGUGCCGAUCUCUGCCUACGUCUACUACGUCAUUGUAGUUCCUGUAUUAGCAACACACGGUCACAUGCGGCAGCAUCCCUCUAUCUACUUAUGAAACAGAACUUUGAGAUGGGCAAUAAUUUCGCACGUGUAAAAAUGCAGGUGACAAUGUCGCUGAGUUCGUUAGUUGGACAAAACCAAAAAUUUAAUGAAGAAUAUUUACGAAAAUCUCUAAAGACAAUUUUGACAUAUGCAGAAGCUGAUGUUGAGUUAGUAAACACCACAUUUCCUGCACAGGUACGUGACUUGGUAUUCAAUUUACACAUGAUCCUGUCUGACACCGUGAAAAUGAAGGAAUUCAAUGAGGACCCAGAAAUGUUAAUAGAUCUAAUGUACCGUAUAGCAAAGGGCUAUCAGACAUCGCCCGACCUACGGCUCACCUGGUUACAAACUAUGGGAUGCAAACACAGUGAGCGAAAGAACAAUGCAGAAGCUGCCCAUUGUCUCAUUCAUGCUGCGGGUUUGGUGGCAGAGUACCUCAAUAUGUUGGAAGACAGGCCUCACCUGCCGGUGGGCUGUGUCGACUUUCAGAAAAUUUCUUCCAAUGUUCUUGAAGAAAGUGCAGUAUCUGAUGAUGUUGUUUCACCUGAAGAAGAAGGUAUUUGUACUGGCAAAUAUUUUUCAGAGAGUGGCCUUAUUGGUCUUUUGGAACAGGCCUGUGGUUCCUUUUCAAUGUGUGGCAUGUAUGAAGCUGUGAACGAAGUAUAUAAAAUUUUGAUUCCAAUACAUGAAGCAAACAGGGAUUAUAAAAGGUUGGCGCACAUCCAUAAUAAAUUACACGAAGCUUUCACAAACACCAUCAAAAUGGAAGGAAAACGAGUUUUUGGAACUUAUUUCCGAGUUGGUUUCUAUGGUCAUAAAUUUGGAGACCUUGAUGGAGAAGAAUUUAUAUACAAGGAACCAGCCAUUACAAAAUUACCAGAAAUUUCUCAUCGACUUGAAUCAUUUUAUGAAGAUCGCUUUGAUGUUGGAAAUGUUGUUAUGGUGAAAGAUUCAAACACUGUAGAACGACAAAAGCAAGAUCCCGAAAAGGCUUAUAUACAAAUCACUUACGUUGAGCCCUAUUUUGAUGCCUACGAAAUGAAGGACCGGGUGACCUAUUUUGAGAAGAACUAUAACAUAAAACAUUUUAUGUAUGCCACUCCUUUCACACAAAAUGGCCGUGCACAUGGAGAACUCCAUGAACAGUUCAAGAGAAAAACUAUUCUAACAACAUCUCAUGCAUUUCCUUAUGUUAAAACCCGACUGGCUGUUAUACACAGGGAACAGAUUAUACUUUCGCCUAUUGAAGUAGCAAUAGAAGACGUUCAGAAGAAGACCAAAGAAUUGGCACUUGCAUUGAGUCAGGAACCACCUGACCCCAAGAUGUUACAGAUGGUGCUACAAGGUUGCAUUGGGACAACAGUAAAUCAGGGUCCAGUAGAGAUUGCUCUUGUAUUCCUUAAAGCUGAACCAAACCAAACCCAUGGAAAACAUCAUAACAAACUUAGAUUGUGCUUUAAAGAAUUUUUGAAACGAUGCUUGGACGCUCUACAAAGAAACAAGACACUGAUAACAGUUGAGCAAAAGGAAUACCAAAAAGAAAUGGAGAGAACAUUCCACAAUAUUCGUGACAAGUUGUAUCCAUUGAUAUGUUCCUCAACAGUCACACUGAAACGAGCCAAACAUAAGAGGCCCUGAUUGAAUACCCUUUCUAUUUUACUGAUAAUAAUCCUAUCAACUAAUAUUUUUUAAAGACAGAGCUCGACGGAUACAUUCUCCAAACAGUUCCCUUGUGUGAAAUACGAAAGACAAGCCCGACCAGACAGCUACUGACAGUCAUCCUUGUUCUGCCUUUUAUUGUUGUUGUUGUUAAAGAAAAAAAAAUUUGGGGUGGGGUAGUCACUAAGGUUAUUCUUAUUGCUACCAUGCUCAAUCCUACAGCUAUUGUUGCAAUUUUUUCCACUUGCCAACCUCCACAGACUUUUUACUACAUAGUGAGUGUGUGUAUGUGUAUAUAUAUAUAUAUAUGUAUAAAUAUAUGUAUAAAACUAUCAGCUAUUGUUGCAUUUCCCCACCCAACCUCCCAGCAUCCCAUGAAUAUAUUUUUACCAUAUACAUACAUGGAUGUGUGUAUGUGUGUGUAUGCAUUUAUAUAUACACAUGCAUACAGACUAUCAACAAUUGUUGCAUUUCCUCUUUCCAAUAACCAGUGAUUUCUCUUUACCCUGUAUGUGUCUGUAUGUAUGUGUGUGUAUAUAUAUAUGUAUGUAUAUAUAUAUAUAUAUAUAUAUAUUAUUAUAUUCACUUCUAUACAGACACACACAUUCAUGGGAUCACACAUUUAUAUACACAUAAAUAACAAAAUAUACCAACUACCAGUUCCUGGUGCGUUUGUUCAUCUGAUAACUUUCAGUGACUUAUUACACAUACACACACAGACACACCCAUGCACACACUCACACUUAACCUAAGAAAGAUGGAACAAGAAACACACACACACACACACACCCCAACAACCUUUGAAUAUGUAUAGUUUUAUUAUGUCCAUGUCUAGUCUACCUUCCUCUCCAGUAUUUAAUAGGUAAAAAACACUAAAUAUCUCCAUAUUUACACAUCACAUCAAAUCAAUAAAACAGCAAAUCAAUACCAAUUGCUUUCUGACAAUAUAUUUUCAACAUUA